AUUAUGAGCAUCGUGGUGACCAAGUGCUCGCCGGUGAUUGUCGGCCCUUCCGAGCUGGGGACGUCGACCGGCAACAUUCACCUCUCUUCGUUCGACAAGGCAAUGGACACCGGGCCAGUUUCGUUGCUCCUGGUUUUCAAUAAACCAAUCGACGAUCCGGUGGAGACCGUGAAGAGAGCCUUGUCGCGAGCAUUGGUGCACUACUACCCUAUCUCCGGUCGCCUUGCCGCUGGAGCUGACGGCGGCGAUAAAGUCAUCAGCUGCACUGGCGAGGGUCAGGGCGUGCUGUUCGUUGGUGCGUCGGCAAGCUGCGGCAUCGACGACAUGCCGGGGCUGCUGAGCGACCUCGUGGUUCACUACCCGGACAGGCUGUGUCGCCAGGCCGACCCGUUGUUAGUGAUGCAGGUGACGGAGUUCUCCUGUGGCGGGUUUGCGGUGGGCGUGACGUGGGAUCACGUCUUGGCCGACGCGGCGGGGAUGGGACAGUUCUUGCAGGCCGUGGGAGAGAUGGCCCGAGGUUUCUCACUGCCGUCCGUCGUUCCGGUGAGGUCGGAUGAGUUAGUCAUGGCAGCCCGCCCUCAAGGGAUGACUGCCGCGGACUUUUUGUCCGCGGAGACAACCAGCGACCAAAACAUGGCCAUGCUUGACUUCACUAUCCCCUACAGCCUGAUCAGCCGCAUCAAAUCGGAGGUUAGCCUCGCCCUCGGCAAGCGAUGCACGACGUUCGAGGCGGCCGUCGCCAUACUGUGGCAGUGCCGCGCCAGGGCAGUCGCCUCCGACGACGGUGAUGGUCCUGCGACGACGACGACGCUCGUUUUCACAAGCAACGCGCGCCACCUGGUCGGGGCUGCAGAGGGCUACUAUGGCAACUGCUCGAUCGACGAGUCCGCGCAAGCCACGAGCGCCCAGGUGGCAAGCGGCGACACAAAGGACGUGGUGAAACUCAUCAAGAGCGUCAAGCACAAGGUACAAGAGCAGAUCAAUAAGGGUGGCGGCGAGGUAGACCGAGCGCCGCUGAAGCUCGGGUACAACACGAUAUACCUGUCAAGCUGGCGGAACCUUGGGCUCGAGAUGGCGGAUUUCGGCGGUGGUAGGCCGGCACGGGUGAUGGGGUUGGUGCCCUUCUGCGUCCUCUGCCCGCCAUGGAAUGUGAAUGACGACGGGGUAAACGUGAUGGGAUCCAUUGUGAAGAAGAACCACGUCAAUGCUUUCCUCCACGAGUUGGCGGCACUCACUCUUUAG